GCGGCGGGGCCGGGCCGGGCCGGAGCGGGGGCGCCGGGCCUGGACGGGCUUGGGUGGUACCCUGGGCCAGGCCUCGGGCUGGGUCACGGGUGCUGGGCCUCGGCCCGAUCCUGUGUGCAAUACACGGCAUUGCUGCCCAAGCCAUGGACAUCCCCAUCACACCAGGGGAGCUGCUGUGUCUGGGCUCCAGCCUUGCCUUCUCUGGCCUUUUCUACUACAUGUACAGGAAGAAAGCCAAAGUUGUGGCACGCAUACAGGAGGCCCCAAAGCUCCAGGUCGAUGAUGAUUUACCGGCCCUAGUGUCUGCAGCUGAGGGGAGAUGCCUGCCCUAUGUUGCCCUGGAAGGCAUAGUGCUACCAGCCCAGGCUGCACUGACCAGCCACUACCAUGAGGGGCUGCAGGGUGUGAUCCAGAAACUGCUGCUGAAGGAGCAUCGGCUGAUCUGGAACAGCUUGGCCCGGAGCUGGAGCGAGAGCGAGCGGGUGCUCUCGGAGCAGAUCUACACCGUGCCCUUCCUGCUGGCCUCGCCAGGCACCGAGGCGGUGACACAGGUGAGCGUGGACAGCCCGCUCCAGGCCGUCUGCCUGCCGCUGGAGAUGGUGUACGAGCGCUUCCAGCAGCCAACCCAUGGCUUCCGUGACCUGCUAGGCCAGUACCUGAUCGGGGAGAAACCCAAGGGCAUCCUGGAGACGGAAGAGAUGCUGCGGGUGGGGGCCGGGCUGACAGGCAUUGGGGAGCUGUCCCUGCACCCCGACGGCUCCCUGCACCUGCAGCCACCGGCCUGGGGGGGCGAGUUUUUCCUGUGCCUUGGGGACUGGCAGACGGUGCUGUCGGAGCUGGAGUCGGCCAGUGGGCUCUGGAAGGGGGCAGCAGUGCUGUGUGCGGUGGCAGGGCUGGCUGUGCUCCUGCACGCCCUGUGCCGCGCCUACCGCCGCUCCCGCCCCAAGAGGCUGCAGGAGGACAAGGAGCUGGAUGAGGAGGAGGCCGGGGACAGGGCGCUUGAGGACUCCUGCGUGAUCUGCCUGGCACGGCCCCGCGAGUGCGUCCUCCUGGGCUGCGGCCACAUCUGCUGCUGCUUCCGCUGCUUCCAGGCCUUGCCCACCCACCUCUGCCCCAUCUGCAGGGGGCCCAUUGACCGUGUGGUGCCCCUCUAUCAGGCGUGAGAGCACCUGGGCGUGCCCAGGGAAGGGCAGUGGGAACCAAGCCAAGCCUGCAGCCUGCAGAAAUCUCAGCUGUCCCCUCAUGUGCAGUUGUGUGAUUUCUGUUGGGAGGGAGGGGUCCUGUGUGCCCCAUAACCUGCCUUAGGGAGGGCAGGGCAGGGGGAGUUACAGCUUCCUCAUCCUCCCUUUGUCUGCCAGAGGGACCCCCCCUAAACAUGAAGGCUUGAGGAAAACCUACACAACACCUGUCCUGAGGAGCUGAGACCCCAGCCCCAUGCUGGGGCAUUCCUUUGGCUGCCAGCUGUUGGACCUGUGCCCCUUUCCCAGCUGUGACCCACUCAAAGCCAUGUAGGACUUCUCCCUUAUGUUUUUUUUUCCAGCAUGUGGUUUUAUUGGGAGGAUGAUGGGGGCAAGACCAGAGCUGGUGGGACACAGCAGGCACAGUGGGAUAGCAGAGAUCCAAACCCCCCUGAGCCACUGCAGUGGCACACCUUGGUGCCACUAUUGUCCUGCCACCCCAAUCCCUGUGCCUACAGCCACUGCCCAGACUACGCUGGGGACACCUAGGGGCUGGCAACGAUGAGCCUCUUUGCCAGCUGCUCUACCACCCCGGGAGGGGGGCUAUGUCCCUCUGCAGGGUUUCCACUUUUCUUCUGGAGUGGGAGAACACCAUUGGGAUGCCCUAGAGCCUGCCUUCAUGUCCAGCCCUGCUGUACCCAGCUUUCCUGCCCACCUCCUGGACAGGACCAGGUGCAGGAACGGCUUGCAGUGGUAUGUGGAGUGAUAAAGCCAAGGAG